CUCGAAUGAGUGGAAAAAAAGAAGAGGAGGAGAAGAAAAAAAGAAAAGAAAAGAGAAGAAAAUUUCUCAUGAACUGAAGUGCUCAAUGUUGGAAGGAUUUGGGGCAAGAGACUAAUAAUCCUGCUGUCCCUGUUGAGGCCGCAGUGUUGCAGCUACCCCAAAUGGACGUGUUGGCCGUUCCCGCAGACCGGCAGAAAGGAUGGUACCUUUCACUCAUGGCCCCCAACACAAAAGGACCAGAGUUCGCCUGGCUGGACCCGUCCAGACUCUACUGCAACUCGCAGGCUCUGGCAGACUGCGUGCAAGACCUUCUCAGUCAGUUUCACAGCAACCACAUUGACCUGGUUGCCGGGAUGGAUGCCAUGGGAUUUAUACUUGGGGCGUCUGUUGCCACAACUCUUGGAAAAGGUUUCCUGGCUAUUCGUAAAGCGGGUCAUCUGUGUGUGGCAACCCAAAACCAAAACUACACAGACUACUCAGGCAGAGAAAAGAUUAUGGAAGUAAGGCUGGAUGUGCUAAAACCAGGUUUGAGGGUUUUGUUGGUGGACCAGUGGAUAGAGACGGGAGGCACGAUGAGGGCCGCCAUCCAGCUGGUGGAGAAACUGGGAGCCACAGUUGUAGGUGUUGCAGCUGUGGCCAUCGAGAACACCGAAGGAGGGAAGUGGAUCAAGGAAAACUACAAGUUCUCCCACUGCAUCCCAGAAGUGCUGCAGAGUCAAGUUGAUGGGAAAUAUUUUAACUUUUUUAAAAGCUUUUUAGAAGCUCAGUGAAGAAGAGAAGAUACAUUUUAUAUGAAACACUUUAAUUUGCAUAGUAAUACAAUGAAUGAAUAAUGGAUGAAUGACUUGAGUUUUAAUAUUUUUUACUAAUUAAAAGUAUUUGACAUGA